AAGCUGACCGUAAGUCAAGCAGACGACAACUGAGUCAGCUAUAAUACUCAGUCAAAUGAAGUUCAUUGGCCUACAUUGCUUUCUGCCUGGCUGUAUAUUAUUCUGCUUCUGCUCGUAAUUAUUUACAACCAAAACGCAAGACUUUGAAAGCGUGUUCUUUCCCCUAGCUGUUGCAGAAAAUUAAUGAAGAUGAGAUCGGUGUUGUGGAUGGCGGUGAUGCUGCUACUGUCAUGCUCUGCCGGCAUCAGAGCAAGUUCAGUUGCCAAAAAAAACUGUCCAGAAAAAUGUGGAGACGUUACUGUUCCUUACCCUUUUGGAUUUGGCAAACCUGAAUGCGCCAAGAAUGAUUCCUUCCUGCUUAAAUGCGAGCAGAACGGUAGCCUCUUCUUUUCCAACAUCCAAAUUUACAACAUAUCAUUGGAGAACGGUACCUUCACAGCAGGAAACAUUCCCUCUCCCUACAAAUGCUACGAUCAAAGCGGUUUGGCGGCUGGCAGUCUUUAUUGGAGUUUAAACCUCACAAGAUGGCCGCCUUUCACCAUCUCCUCUACCUACAACAAGUUUAUUGGUUUAGGCUGUGACACCGUAGCCUAUAUGUUCGUCAACGAAGGCCAGCGUUUCACAAGUGGGUGCGUCGCCCUCUGUUAUGACCCUGAAGCCAUUAAAAACUACGGUGCUUGCUCCGGUUACGGAUGCUGCCAGACGACCAUUCCGGAGAACCUCAAAACAUUGAACAUUACGCUCACCAGCUUUUAUAAUCACAGUGAUAUUUGGAAAUUCAACCCCUGCAGUUAUGCUUUUGUUGUUGCAAAUUCCUACGACUACUCGGAAAUAAACUUGCAAGAUUAUCCUACUGAAAGGCCAUCUACGCAAGCAGUAAUUGAAUGGGUGUUCGAAGGGCCAAAUUACUGCCAAGAAAGUGAACCUUGCGGCCCUAAUGCUAUCUGCGAUAACUCUCCAACCGGUGGUGGAUCUCGUUGCCACUGCCCGCCAGGGUUCAUCGGAAAUCCAUAUCUCCAACAAGGAUGCCAAGAUAUUGAUGAGUGCCAAGACCAGAAUCCAUGUCAAGAAGGUGCUUGUCGGAAUACCAUUGGGAAUUACACAUGCGACUGCCCGCUUGGCAUGCGUGGUGACGGUAAAGUUGGCUGCCGGGGACUCCGAUUGCCCAUUACCAUUGCAAUAGUGAUUGGCGGGGUCAUUCUUGUUAUCAUUAUCACCAUCUUGAUUUUCAUUGUCUGUCAAAGGAGGAAGAAAGAGAAAUAUUUUAGAGAUAAUGGAGGUAUGAUUUUGAAGCACCAAAGAAUCAGGAUUUUUAGCGAGACGGAAUUGGUAAAGGCAACCAACAACUACGACAAUAGUCAGUUCCUCGGAGAAGGAGGCUUCGGUUCAGUCUACAAGGGAGUUUUAGCAGACAACACCCUAGUUGCUGUCAAGAAGGCCAAAGAUGUGGACAAGGCAAGAAUGAACCAGGAAUUUCAGCAUGAAAUCGGCAUUGUUUCUCAGGUUAACCAUAAGAAUGUUGUGAAACUCUUAGGUCUGUGUUUGGAGACUAAAGUCCCAUUGCUGGUAUAUGAAUUCGUUUCAAAUGGAACCCUCCACCAUCAUAUUCAUGACAAGAGAUCACAAAUUUUAGGGUCAUGGAAGAAUCGUCUGAGGAUUGCUACCGAGACUGCACUUGCACUUGACUAUUUGCAUUCUUUAGCAGAUCCACCAAUCAUUCAUGGUGAUGUGAAGUCGAUGAACAUACUGUUGGAUGAUCAUUACACAGCCAAAGUAUCUGAUUUUGGGGCAUCAGUACUCAUCUCACCAAACCAAACUGGAAUAGGCUCCAAAAUACAAGGGACAUUUGGGUACUUGGAUCCAGAGUACUUAAUGACUGGCAAUUUGACAGCAAAAAGUGAUGUUUACAGUUUUGGGGUCGUCUUGGUGGAGCUGUUGACAGGGGAAAAACCUACUUCUAGUAGUAGGGAUGGGGAGAAGAGAAACAUAAUUCAAUAUUUCAUUUCAUCUGUGGAAGAUAAUCAGAUCGUCCAAGUUCUUAAUUUUGAGCCAGCAGAUGAUGAUGAAAUGGAGGAAGUAGAAGCAGUUGCUGGGCUUGUUAAGAGAUGCCUAAAUGGUAGCGGCCUAAAAAGGCCAACCAUGAAGGUAGUCGCGGAGGAGCUUGCAAGGCUGAAAAAGCUCAGUGACAACUUUUGGGCUCAGCAGGGCAAUGAAGAAACUGAGUGCUUGCUAGGAGAAUCCUCCUCACAUACCAGUUAUGAGAUUUCAAGUAUCAAUAUGGACCAAAUGGAUACAUAUACCGUGCACACAACAUUUGACAUUGAACGAGGAUCAACUGUUAGCAUCUAGUACUUUCUUCUACUAGUCUUUCAUAUGUUUGAAAUCUAAUUAGUUACAGCAAUUGCAUCAAACAUUGUGUGCAUUUGUGGAGUCUGUCCUUUUCACUUAAUUACUGCUUCUUGGUUUUCUAUGUAUUCAAAUUCGUAGUAUAAAUCAAGUGAAAGUGUUCCAUUAGCAAAAUAACUUGCAUAACAUUAGGGAAAAAAGAAGCAGCUGAAAAUGGAAUCGGAUAGAAAGGCAUGUAUUAACAGUUCAUAUGAUUUGCUGGGUCAUUCUCCUUUCUUGUUUCUUCCAUGUUUACUUGAUGUUGAUUUCAUGUUGUAUUAUUGGUUAUGUGCAUCAUAUUUCUUCUUGAAGAUGUAUGUUGUUUGAAAGAACUAAAGGAUUUUCACAGACCAUGGUGGCCCCAGAAUGCAGCUGGCCUUCAGAUAUGUUUGUGGAGUUGUGCUAAGAGUUCUGCUUGAGUUAAUGAAGCUUGGAUUUUAAGACGCUUAUUCUCCUGUAAAGGUUGGAAAGAGCACAAUACACCUUCCUCCCUUAACUUAUAUCUG